UAAUUAAUAAUAUAAGUUAGAAAAUUGGCAAAAAAUAAUAGAAAAUUAUUAAAAAAAAAAAGAGAAGAAAGAGAGAACGCGGUUGGAUUUUCCUAUAACGGGAAGAAAAGUAAAACUGUGGUUAUUUCUUUCUCUUUUCCUCAACACAAAAUCAACCCAAGAUCUCCUCUUUCUUGUUCAAAUUCACUGCUGCCCACAAUCAGAAAAAAUAUAAAAGAAAAAAGAACCCCUAAAGGAACAGGAAAAGAGAAUAAAUUUGUGCCGAGGAAGGAGGAGAAAGGACUGAAAAAGAAUGGAGGAAGCAAUGGCAGCAAGGUACUGGUGUUAUCGAUGCUCUCAAAUGGUGACUCCCAUAAUGGAAGUUGAGAUUAAAUGCCCAAUUUGUUUACGUGGGUUUAUUGUAGAAAUGAGCAGUGGCACAAGAGACAGUCAAGACAUAGAGUCUGAUAUCCAAUCUGAUCGAGCACUCUCUCUGUGGGCACCCAUCUUGUUAGGUAUGAUGGGUAAUCCCCGCCGCCGCAGAAGACUUAGACGUAUUGACUUUGAAGAAGAGGAUGAUGACCAUGAUGAUGGUGAAGCUCGCCAUGGACGAGAUACUGAGUUGGACCGAGAACUUGAAUCCAUCAUUAGGAGGAGAAGAAGAAGAAGCUCUGCGACAAUUUUACAGUUGCUUCAAGGUAUUAGAGAUGGAAUUGCAUCUGAAACUGAGAAUUCUGAGAAUGAUAGGGACAGUGAUAUGAGCAGGGAUAGAGAUGGGGAAAGAGAGCGUCUAAUUUUGAUCAAUCCUUUCAAUCAGACUAUAAUUGUCCAGGGCUCUUAUGAUUCCAACCAGGGUGGUCAAAACCAAAACUCCAACUAUGUAGGGUCUUUAGGCAAUUAUUUCAUCGGUCCUGGUUUAGACUUAUUGUUGCAGCAUUUGGCGGAAAACGACCCAAACAGAUAUGGGACUCCACCAGCACAAAAAGAGGCGGUUGAAGCCCUGCCUACUGUGAAAAUUGAGGAGAAUUUGCAAUGUUCUGUGUGUUUGGAUGAUUUUGAGGCUGGCAGCGAAGCAAAGGAAAUGCCAUGUAAGCAUAAGUUUCAUAGUGGUUGUAUAUUGCCAUGGUUGGAGCUUCAUAGUUCUUGCCCAGUUUGUAGAUAUCAAAUGCCUGCUGAUGAAUCAAAACUUGGUUCUGAGAGGUCAAGCAAUAAUAUUGACCAAAGAGAAAGUGAAAACAAUGUUGAUGGUAGUGGGGAAGAGGGUGAAGGAGAUGGGAGAAGUGGGAGUGGGAGUGGGAGUGGGAGUGGGAGUGGGAGUGGGAGAAGGUUCUCGUUCGCAUGGCCAUUCAAUGGCUUGUUCUCAUCGGGUUCUUAGUCUGGCAGAGGCAAUUCGUCCUCUACUUCUUCAAGCUCUGAAUCCGGAAGUGCUUCUCUAACAGAUGAGAAUUGAGUAUAUUUCCAUAAGUUAUGUUCACUAUGUUGCUUUGAGUAUUCUGCCUUGCUUAUGUACAUAGUUAUCGUACAAUGAAUUUGAAUCUUGGGAAAAAAUUAUGUUUUUUUUUUUUUUUUGGGUCAAUUUCUAUGUUCUUGGAAGAAUUUCUGCAGCUGCUGCUGCUAUUUUACCUACUACUCCUGAAUUCUGAUAUAUGUAAUUUUGUUUCUGUUCAUUUGAA